AUGUGAUUUUUAUUGCUUUGUUGUUUAUAUUUGUAUUGAAAUUUUUAAAAUAAAAUAAUAUAUUAUCGGCUACAGUGCUUAGUUACUUGGUCAUUUAAAAUAAUAAUUAUUGAAUCUGUCCGUAACUUCCAACUUUUUAUUUAGUAAUAACUCGGAUUCACAGUAGAAAUUUAUUAUUUAGAAUUCACAAUGAUGACAAUGAAUGAAUUAGACGAAGUUAUUUCGAAGUGUCUAUUACAAAAACUUUCAAAAAAUGUCGAACAAAGUGAGAACCACGUCGAAUAUAAACUUAGAGAAGAUAUGCUAGCCUCUCAAUUUAAUACAAUAUUAAAAUAUAUAAAUGAUGAGUCUGAAUCAGAAAUAGCACCAGACAUGUUGUCACAACUUUUAAUUUUAGAUCUUGAAUUACAAAGUAUUGGCCCCUGGUUCUGUGAAUUAAGUAAGGAGUGUUCGGAAAAGUUAAACAACCUAUUUGAAAAUUUAUACACUUUUAAAUUAAGUACUGUAUUGCAACAUUUGGAUGUUGAUGAUGCUCAGUUAGUAUUUGAUAUUUGUUUCGAGGAUUUACAUACAAAAUUAACAUUGGAGGAUUUUAAAAAGUAUCCUGCACUACAUGACGUGUAUUGUUCAAUUGUACAACACAUACCGGAAUACAAUGUUGUUAUAAAUCCAAUGAAAAUAAUGCCAAUUUGUUUACUUCUAAUUGAUGACUACAUUGUCAAUAAUAAAUUAAAAGGUUUAAAAAGCUGUUUAAUUAUAUUAAAAUGUUUGACUGCCCAGAACUUUCAAGGUGGCAAUUAUUAUGAAGUUAUUUAUGGAAGCCUUAACAAAAUCACACUUGAUAAAGAGAUUGAUGUGACUAAACUUACUUUGGAAUGUUUAUUACAGUUGAUGAAAAUAUUGCCACCAGAAAUUAAGGUAAAAAAAUUAGAUGAUAUAUUCAAGAGAGGACUUGAUCAAAUUAACACAGAAGCCAACUUGUAUAGAAAAGCAGCUUGGUUCAAUUUCACAACAAAUUUGAUUGAAAUGCAAGGAGUUAACUGUGUGGAUCAGAAAAUAUUAAAAUCAAUCCUUUGCGAUAAUAUAGACAUGUGUUGCAAUGAGGCUGUUGGAGAGAUACUAUUAUCUGAUGUAUUAGAAUGUCUGGAAACGUGGAUAAAAUAUUGUUGGUGCAUCUGGAGAUUUUCGAGUGAUCAGAAAAUUUUAUCCACUUUAUUGAAAUUACUCUAUGUAUCAUCUGGGGAUGAACAGAAAGCUUCAAAGAUACGAAUAGUGAUCAUUACACUUGUUUGUUUAUGCACAAAGGAGGAACAAAGAAUUAUAUAUAAAAAUAUAGAAGAUGCAACACAGCAAAUAAACAAACCAGAAUUUGUUAGUAGUCUAGAAAUAAUAAAAAAUAGUGUUUGUAUAUAAUAAAUUUAUUCAUUAUUAUUAUUAA